AUGUAACACACCGGAAGGGAGGUUGAAUUCGUACUUAUAAGCGCGUGAAAUUAGUUUUCUCUAUAGUUUAUAACUUUAAUAGAAUUUUUCGGAAAAUGGACGAAGAGUUGAUUGGCUUCUUCAGAGAGCCGUGCUCUCAGUGUUCCGUGGUGAACUGGGGUGUCACGGAGGAGGGAGGAUAUUACUGCAAAUCGUGCCACAAUGUGAUCGAGAGAACCGUCGAAGUUACAGAUCCGUCUUGUGUGACUGGAAGCAGGGUGUCCGCUAUCUCACAUGGGGCCAAAAAGCCGGCAAAACAGAAGCAUGGAAAGGACUGGAUGGUGUGUGAAGGGUUUCAGUUCAUACUUAAGCAGCAGGCUGAGGCCCUUCUGGCGAUGGGAGUCCGUCCUGAACUCAAGGAUGAUAUUUUGUGCAAUUUCUGGAGAGGCUACCUGCACAAGAGUCAACAGGCCUACACCACAAAGCCUUUGUAUUCUGUGACAUCCCAGCAGGAGUCGGACAGCUGCCCUGAAUCCUUGGCCGCAAGUGAAUUGUCCUGCUUGUCUAAGGCCGAGACUGAGAGUGAUAUGGACGGCGCUCGCAGUACCAUCUCAGGUUGGUCCAGCGACGGGGGGAGGCUGUCCUCUGUGUGCACCGAAGCCCUGGACUCCAGCUUGUACUGCUCUGCCCGAGAGAGGAGGAUGCACCAUCUGAUGACCAUGCCCAUGACGCUGGCCUUCCUGCACCUGUCCCUGCUGUGGCUGCAGGAAGCAAUCACCCUGGCUGACCUGCUGAGGUUCACAGCUGAGGGCCAUAUCCCCUACAUCAAUGCCUACCAGAAUUUCCCAGAGGACAUGAAGCUCUUUGGCAGAGAUGCCCUUAUUUUCAGAGUAGAGUCCUUACCAUCCUACAAGAUGGUCCAGGAGGAAGCCCACAAUCUGGCCAUCUUCUUGGACUUGCCUCGCUUCCCCCCACUGACCUCAGCCUGCCUUCUCCACCCAUCCCUGCUCUGUCUCCGAUACCUAAUGGAACUCAACCUGCCCGACGAGCUCCAUGUCUGGGUCUGCUGGGUGAUGCAGCAGGCUGGCGUUGGAAAGGACACCUUCUUGACCUAUGACCCUUGGGCUGAGAAAUCUGGCCUCCUCAACUAUGACAUCUUGGCUUCGGCCCUCAUUGUCGUCACAUUGAAACUGCUGUUCAAGCUGGAUGACCAGCAAGAGUGGUGUUUAUCCAAUAGUGCUGAUGAUGAAAACAAGCAAAAUCAAGACAGCAGUAUCUUCUGCUUUCGGAAGUGGUACAAGACCGUCCAGGGGGCGCUCGUUGUGGCCAAGGAGGCUGAGGAGCAGGCCAUGGCACGGAAGUCAUGGAAGUCGCAGAAGCCUGUGUACCCCUCCAUGAGAAAUAAAUCCGUUGUCAUCAAGCGGAGACGGGUGGUGGAGCAGCUCCAGGCGCAGUUCCAGAAGCUCACCGGCUCUGACCCGCAGCCCAGGCAGGAUUCACCUUCCAGUUUCCGGUUGCGGUGGGGCGAGGAGGACGGAGGCGGGCCCAGCUACCAGGGGCGGCGCCUGGGCUCCGCCGUGAAGAAGAGGAAGGGAUCCGCCAGGCCCUCCAACCCCACGUACUGGCACACGGCGCUGAGUUCCUGUAAGCCAAGGCACUGCACUGAUCACUUCCUGGAGAUGGAGGACUCCCUGCCCAGGAGCUACGUGUCCGUGCUGGGCAUGGUCUCCUUCCUGCUGGGGGUGCAGGAGACCCACGUGCAUGCCGAGGUCUGCCUGCUGGAGCGGCUCCUCUUCAAACGCCCAUGCCAGCCUCGCACCAAAACGUCACACGGCAGCAGACGUAAAAAAUAGACAGACAAGAAAAAAACUCCAGGAUGGAUGAUGCCUGAAAGGGAUUUUUUGUACUUUUUAUGCUUGAGAAGCUUUAAGGAAUUUGUAACACAUACCGUAAAGGUUUUGGAAAAUUCAAGGCUUAUAUGCCGUCUCAUAUUUGUAGGACUGUAAGCAUCGGCUCAAUUGCCUGGAUUUCAGCAUCAUAUUCAUUCUGGGGCCGGUCAGCUGCCUGUUGACCAACCUGCGUAUUUUUUUCUGUAUUGUUUCCUGUGUGAACAUUGCAGUUUGUGUCAUCUGAUCAAAAUCCAAUAGGUCAACAGGGUUUAUCUGGGUUCUAGUGAUUAGCAUGUUUGUCAGUUGGUGCCAUAGGUUAAUAAACACCUUUUGAGAUACGA